CGAGGAGUCGAUAGGAAGCCGGGGAGGGAGGGAGAGAGGGAGGGAGGGAGGCUGCGGGGCUCUCCAGCACAGCCACGGCACAGCUGAGACCAUGCUUUUCCUCUGGGCACUGGCAUUUCUUCUCGUCCUGCAUGAGCAAGAUCCUCUAGCUGCUGCAGAUCCUGUGAGUGUGGCACCUGGAAGUUUGGAAGGAGGGAGCUGGUGUAAUGAACAUAUGCUUCAUGAACGCUUAGAUAUCAUUGAAGAGAAGGUAAUAAAAACAGUGGAGCACCUAGAAUCAGAAGUCAAAUCGCUCCUCAACAUUAUCAGUGAGACAACAUCGAAUAUCCCCACUGUUCCAGGAACUCCCCUUAUAGACAUUUUUGAUGAUACCAGCUGAGCACUGUGAAGACAGAAGACAGCUGAAUGUAACAGUGUGGUUGUCAUAAACAGUUGCACUUCUGAUCAUUUAAUAAGCUUGUUUUUCCAGAAUUUGUGCAGGGUGAAAAAUCCUCAGCUGUAGUUUGUCUUCUGUGUUGCUGUGCUUUAAAAUAAAAAGGUACUUGCUUCCAGA